AUGCCGGAUGAUACAACAACUGCUACAACUACCAAGUCACCUUUCCCCCAUCCUUGGUGGGUUUCUUAUUCUUUUAGAGAACCAUUACCAAAAUGCAAGGAUGAGUGGCUUAUAAACGAUAUAUCAAAUUCAAUUCGAGAAAAAUUAGAAUGGCGAUCUAAAUACAAAGACCCAAUUAUUUCUGAAAAAUGGAAACAAGAAGUCAACUCCAGCUUAGUAGGUAAGACUAAAAUUCCUAAUGAAAUCAUAUCUUAUGUGUUGGAAGAAUUGAAGUGGUAUGAUAAAAUGGCAGUAAAUAUUGGUGGCGGGUUUGCAGUUGGUUGCGAUCCUAAAAUUGUAUUCUCAGACUCAUGUAUAGGUGAAGAGACAAAUGCUGAGUUGAAGAGGUUAAGUGAUUUAUUCCAAUUGGAUUUUGGUGAAGAUAUUGAUUAUCAUCCCGGAUCAAAUGAUACAGUAAUUGAUUUGGUGCACCCUUCAUUAUUCCCUCUUCAAUAUGGUAAAACGCCCAUAUAUGGUACUUCGGACAAAACAAAAUUAGAAAUGGUUGAAUUUUCAGAAGAUAUUUACAAAGUUAAAGAAGGAGUCAGCUUUGGUACUUCCAAGCGCUUUCAAUGGUUACCGGCAUUAUUUGAAUUAAAUCUUGAAAAUAAAAAUUACGAAAUCAAGUCUUAUAUUAACAAUUUAGAUCCCAUUGAGUAUACAAACUUGUAUGAAAUAAUAGCUAAAAUAUUCAAUUUAAUAAUCCCUGGUUUGAAUCAUACACUCUCGGCUUAUGGUCUGACUGAAUAUUUAAAAAUCGAAAUCCCUAUUGGGGACGAUGCAUAUGAAGAAAAUUUCAUGAUUGAAUUUGAUCGGAAGAUGGAAGAACUUGAUAUGCGGCAUCCAGAGGCUAGUGAUGAAGAAUACGAAGCAUUAGAAAGAACUAAAGUCAAUGGAUUGAAGAAGUUUAUGCCAAAGUAUCCAGCAGAACCGAGGAUCGACAAGACAAUUGAUGUUAAAGAUUUUCAACAAUUAAAAGUAAUUGUAAAAAUGGCAAAUAUUGAAUUAACUCCCGAUAAACCUAGAUAUGAAGGAGGCUCGUGGCAUGUGGAAGGUACUAUCAAUGAAGACAUAGUUGCUACGGUUCUAUAUUACUAUGAUUGUGAAAAUAUAACCGACUCCUACUUGAAGUUUAGAUGUUCAUUUGGGGACCCAAAUUAUCCACAGAAUGAUGAAAUCUAUCCAAGAGAGAUAUAUGGUAUAGAGAACGAAGAUAUAAUGGUAAGAGAAAUUGGACAUGUACAAGCAUUGACUAACCGAAUAGUGGUAUUUCCCAAUAUUUUCCAGCAUCAAGUACAACCUUUUGAGUUGCUUGAUAAAUCUAAACCAGGUCGCCGUAGAAUCUUAUGCUUCUUUGUGGUUGAUCCUUACAACCAAAUUGUUAAAUCAACUUUGGACGUUCCACCUCAGCAGUUACAUUGGUGGGAAAAUGAGUCCUUGACUCAAAAAUUAGGUCGUUUGAGUGUGGCGGACACAACAAAAUUGAAUAAACAAUCAUUGGAAGUGGCUUACGAAAUCAGGAAACAAUUGAUGGAAGAACGAAGUCCGGGCAAUGAUCCUAUGUGUGCUUUUAGUAAUGAGUUCAGUCUAUGUGAACAUUAG